AGAAAAUUGGAUAGGGGCUUCGCUGUUUCCAGCUCCCUGAGUCGGAGUUCCCAUUGGAUUUAUCAUGAUGUUCAUGCAUAUUUUCAGCGUUCUGUUUUUCUUAGAUGAAGUGGUUUGCUCCGUGGCCAGCGUCUCUGCCAUAUCCGGGGCGGGGACCCACGGCUGGAGGACCCCGGUGGACUGCGUGAGGGCCAGCGACAUGUGCAACCAGAACUCUCAGUGCAGCUCCCGCUUCCGUAUCAUGCGGCAGUGCCUGGCGGGAAAGGACAGCAACACCAUGCUGGCCAACAAGGAGUGCCAGGCGGCACUGGAGGUGCUGCAGGAGAGCCCCCUGUACGACUGCCGCUGUAAGAGGGGCAUGAAGAAGGAGCUACAAUGCCUGCAGAACUACUGGAGCAUUCACAUGGGCCUGACUGAAGGUGUGGAAUUCUAUGAAACAUCCCCGUAUGAACCUGUGACAGUUCGCCCGUCUGAUGUUGUUCGUCUGGCUUCAAUUAUCUCAGGAAUGGACUCUGCCACCGUGAGGGCGAACCACUGCUCGGACUCGGGAAAACUCUGCAACCCCUGCUUGGACGCAGCCAAGGCCUGCAACCUGAACGACACCUGCAAGAAGCUGCGGUCCACCUACAUCGCCACGUGCAACCGGGGGUCCAACCUGCAGAUGCCCACCGAGCCCUGCAACCGCAAACGCUGCCACAAGGCCCUGCGGCAGUUCUUCGACCGCGUUCAGACCGAAUACAGCUACCGGCUGCUGUUCUGCUCCUGCCGGGACAAGGCCUGCGCAGAGAGGAGGAGGCAGACCAUCGUCCCCCAGUGCGCAUAUGAGGAGAAGGUCAAGCCCAACUGCCUGGAGCUGAGGAGCACCUGCCGCUUAGACCCCUUCUGCAGGUCGAGACUGGCCGAUUUUCACAUGAAUUGCCAGAUGACUACACACUCGAUCACCAGCUGCCCCAAUGACAACUACCAAGCCUGUUUGACAUCUUAUGCUGGGCUCAUUGGAUCGGACAUAACCCCAAACUAUGUGGAUUCAAGCUACACAAAUUUCACCAUCUCUCCGUGGUGCACCUGUAGGGGCAGUGGAAACUCUGAAGAGGACUGUGAAAAGUUCUUGAGAGACUUCAGAGAAAACACCUGCCUGAGGAAUGCCAUUCAAGCCUUUGGAUAUGGAACAGACACCAGUCUGGUUCCCAAAACAGCGACCGUCCCGCCUACCCCUUCAGUAAGGCCUGAUCUGGAGACGGAGAGCUUACCCAAGCCUUCGGUGAACCCCAACAUUAAGCCUGGAGAUGACGCCUGUGUCUUUGCCACUUGCGCCAGCCUGAAGGAAAAUGGACCAAAGUGUAAUCUCUCCAAAAACGACUUCUGUGAGCCGGAUUCCAACACAGAGACCUCCAUCGCCACAUGGGGAUCUUGUUCCUGCAUCAGUGGGAGCGCAGCGAUCGUCUGUCUGUCCUACAUGCUGCUCAAGCUAGCUCUAUAAACACCUACCACUAUCCGCUCAUUAACCAACAACCUGAAGAAAACAAGCAUAAACAAGCCCCGGAUCAAGGACCUUGAGAAACCACACGCUCUCUCUCUCUCUGCAGUUCUCUCUUCUCUGGUGACAAUGACGGCGGAAGUGAUUCCUGAGGAACAUACCAAGGGCUGCUGCACAGCAAGCUUUUACGUGGCAGAGAGAGAACGAUGGUUAUAGAUGACGCCGACUCUAGAUUCCAAAGUCGAGACCUAACUGAAUAACUCUGAAAACUGCUCUCCACUAGGCCUCUUGGUAGACCCGUUAAUACUCAGACGGAGGAGCGCUAAGCCAUGUCUCCUCGCGUGCCACGCUUCUGAGCCACUGGCAGAGGCUGCUCUGGUGAUGGUGGCUCGUCGUCCUUCCCUUCUUCUCCCAGGCCCAUGGCGGCAGAAGUUCAUCUCUCUCUCCGCCUUCCUUCUCUCACAUCCAAAUGGUCUGCUGUCCUUCAGCAAAUACACCCCUGCUUUUCUGUCUGUUGUGUGCAAUUUUUUUUUUUUCAACCAUAACGGAAAACGGCUCUCAUUACCUAUCACUCAAAAAGGAUUUUAGGGAUGAACUUUUAUUCAGUUGACAUAAUGUAUACAUUUGUGUGGGUACUGUAAAUGUCCUACAAGCUCUUUUAUUCUGGUACUUUUUUUUGUUGACAGAUUCUAAGAAAAAAAGAAAAAGAAAAAAAAGAAAAAUUGAUUUUAAAAAAAGAUAGUUUUGAAGUGUGACAAAGUUCUCACUGGAAAUAUGUUAUUGUUGGAAGUUGGCAGGAGUUGGCCAUUGUGUAUAAUUUUGUCUGUGAGUAUAGAUACAAAUUGUUUCCCUUCAAAUGUACAGAUGUAAUUUCUUAUGUACUAAAAAUGUUUGAGAGACAGGGCAGCGAUGUGCAAGCUCAAAGGGAGCUCAGAGAGAACAAAGGAGCCGAACAGCAGUGGUGAUUGCACUGGGCUGACAGUGCCAAUAAUGCUAGGUGUAGGCUGUCAUUAUGUGUAAUAGUUUUUUUUUUUUUUUUUUUUUGCCUAUACAAACUGAACAUAUUCAAGGAAACAAAGCUCCAGGGACAAUGAAACAAAGCAUCAUUUGCUUCAAAAGUAAAUUGUUGUUGUAUAAUAUAGUGUGCAAUCUAUCGCGUGGCCUUACUCUCUUUUAGAUUUUUUUCUUCCUCCAAUUCAGUGGUGCCACACAAUACUGUUUCAGAAAAGCCAGGCGCUGGCAAGGCUGAUAGACAAAACAAACAACAAAAAAAGGUCAGGCUAUUUCAAAACCCAGUACUGGUUCACAAUAUAUCAUUGGACUUAACUCUUAAAUAGAAAUUCCAGCACUGAAAAAAGGAAAAAAAACACAGCUGCUUUGGAAAGAUAAUAUUUUUAGAUUGAAUAUGAUGGACUAGCUUGCCUGCAUUGUUAUCCUUUAAAGCCAUGAUAUAAAGCCAAAUGUAAUGUCGAGUCAAUAACACUAACUUAGCUGAUUACUUAACAUUUUGCAGGACAUGAAAUCUUAGUACUCUCAUGUGUUCUGCCAGCCAAAAAAGAAAUGGGUUGAUUGUACAGUAGGUUGUAAUUGAGGCAUCUGUGCAUUAAAUGUGCAUGUUUUCAGUUCCAUCACAUACAUCUGUAUGUGUAUAAACAUUUCAAUACUGAAACUAAUCUACUAAAAAUUCCAUCAUAAAUUCAAUAAUGCUUACAUGUACAGUACUUAUUGAAUGAACUGCACCCUGUAAUAUUCUUACUAACUGGCUAUCUAUUUAGCAACAGACUAGAUCUUAAAGAACUUGCUUCUAACCAUUUUGAUCAUCUGCAGAUAAAUUCAAGUGUCUAUUAGAUAAUCACUUACAGAUGUUGCUCAUUAGGUAUGGGAAUCAGGCAGGUUGUCACAGAUGCAGAAAAUUUGCCAUGAGGCAGGACUGAGGGGGUCCACACAAGCCCACACAAUGUAUCGAUAAAAAGAACAAUUAAGUAAAUCAACACAUUUUCAAUGAUAUAACUGUUUUUCGUGGUAUGUUUUCAUCUUCAUUUAUGCACUUAGCUAAUGCAGGCUAUGCUGUAUAUUGUUUUCGUAGCAUAUUAUUCAGGAAACGAACAUUGAGAAUUGGAAUUAAGUAUGGAUUUAAUUUUAAAAUCUAAUUUGAUGUCUAAGACAAAAUCAAAACACCAUAUUGGCAAAUUGGCCAAAAAUAAAAAUAGCUAGUCAGCAUAACGCUAGCUAUGAAGAAGUGAGUUUGAUAUUGGUAACCUGCCUUUGCUGUCAAGAACUGUGACUGACAGUUUGCACAACGGGCAAAAGAAAUGAACUUAGAAUAGCCCUAAAAUGAGAACUACCCUGUCUUAGCAGGCAAAUGGGUCCUUUGUCUGAUUUCCUGUUUGUCAGAAGGCCCUUGUUAUGGAAGAAUGCAUCAUUUUGUCAUACAGUAUUCAUUUCAUUUGCUAUACACUAUAUUUUCAGAAUGUAACAGAAGCCCCAAAAUGCUUAUUUGCAUAGGGAAUGUAGAAUUAUCAGUUGUGACCCUGGCACAGUGAGUUGAUUUUCUUAAUUGUUAGAUUUGUUGUGAAAAAUGUUGUGCUGUGCAUUUAAAACCACAAAAAUGUUGAUUAGGUAGAAAUAAAACAGGGCAUUGUCUUAUGUUCGGUGAAGGCCAAAUAGAAAUGAUCAGGAUGAAAUAUAAACAAAUAUUCAAAAAACUAUUUAAAUGCAAAUGUGAUAUAUUUUUAUAGGUAUGCAAGAUUGUAGCUGAAUUAUACCGAUGGAACUGGGAAUCAAAUUUUAUCAACAAAUAUGAAAUGUAUCUGGCCAACACUUAUUUAUUAAUUAAGCCCCCAACUAGAUGUAAUUAUGUAAUAUGACUGAACUACUAUCAUUACGGUAAAAGCAGCUGCUUGUAGAGAAGAGUUCUUUUCGAGACUGGUUUCCUGUGUUGUCAUGGUUGCAGACAUUUCUGCUCUCUGUGCAUUAGAGACAGUAAUAAAUAAAUGAAACCAUUGGUCUCCAACCCUGACCACGGUAGGUUCAUUUUCUGUUGUAGUUUCAAUUGCCUAUAUCGUUCAUUAAUUUUUGCUAUCAUUUUCACCUUUUUCCGGCAAUUUUCAUAUUUUACCAAAUUGUAUAUGUAUACAGUCAUAUUACCAGUACACUAAGACAUACAUUCAGUGCUAUCUGUCUUUUAGCAGCUGAGGAUAUACAGAUGAAACUUCACAUCGGUUGAAUUUACCUGCAUUAAAAGUUAUGCAGUAUUAUAGUACCCUGGGGGAUCAGGGAUCAGGGAUCAUCCAAUUUCACCCUCAAAUCCAAGCCAAUUAACUGAACAAUUAGUGCUACUAAUCAGCCAGACUGUCUUCAAACCUGACUCCCAGGUAAAGGGAGGGUGGAAAACCAGCAGUUCUUAGCCCUGGAGGACCGUGAUUUGAUGAUCCCUGCCCUAGAUCCUCUUGAAUAAUGAAUGGCCAGCAAUUUGUAGAGUUGUGUUAAACUGAUGGAUAUUAGUCUGAAUGAAGACGGCUCUGGCACACUGAAGUGUCUUUAUGAACUAUUUAAAAUGAUCUCUAAUUGCAUUGCAACGCUCCUGCUGUGCAAUCUACACUGCCCAAAAGUGUGUGCCUCGACCGUAACCACACACAGUAUAAACGCCACAUGUGGGAGGGAAGAUCAAGCUGCCAAGAUUUGUUCCUAAAACUCUUACGCCAUACAAUACACACAUCCAAAACUCUCCAGCAAGUGACAGGGAGUGAUGACAGCUGCCUUAUCUGACUACACAACAAAAAAGUGAAGUUGGAUGUCAAGGAUUCUUUCUGUAAAAUGUGCCUACUUCUAACUUUUCUUUUAAAAUUGAGACCAUUCAUGCAAAAAAAGGUUUUUUGUCCCAUCAUGCAUUAGCGUGAUGCCUAAGACGCAUACAGGGCAAAGGUGCUGGAGUUGACUACUGUCUGCUUUAGCAUAGCUGCCAGGGUAGUCAGGCAUGAACUUAAUUCCCACUGAUAUGGGGGAGGGGGAAUUCUUGCAUGAGACUGAAGGAAGUAUGUAUUAAAAGACUGAAGAUGUGCUUUGAAAAUUCAGAGCUGUCAGAUUCUAUUUGGUAUUAUGGCCUCACAUCAAAAAGACAAUAAAGUCUUUAUCGUAGAAAAUAAAGUGUAACAUGAAAGUCUUUGCUGUUCUGCUAAAAUAUUAUCUGUGUGUUGCCUCCACUGGGUAUAUUGGCCACAGUCUUAUUUUCAUGGAAUUGUGCGUGUGCGUUGAUUGUCUUUAACCAAACUGAGUGUGCGUAAACAGUGUGGUUUGUCUCUGUGAUAAAUGGAGGCUUCUGGCAUACACAAAGACAAUCAUGUACAAUCUGUGCUGCAGAGGAGAGAGAAAAAACAAGGAAGGAGAAAAGGAGUUAAAGGCUUUUGACACCGAGUGGCAUCAGGAUUGUGGCAGGACACCACAGGAGGACGUACAGAAGUUAUAUAUUAUAGAUAAACCUUACAGUUUGUGUUGUGGCAUAAGUAUUGGCACCGACUCUACCCCUUUGGGGCAUUGGGUCACACAUCGAUUUAACAUGCGUUCAAACUAUGCUAUGUGGACAAAAAAAAAUAUCCCAGCACUGUAACAAUGUUAACGUCACCUACCUUUGUAGAUUGCAGUAAGAUCAAGAUAUGCUAAUGUUGUGCUUGUUUCUUUAUCAAUAAAACUGCUUUUAUUUGUA